AAUGACCGCCCCAGGCAGCAAGGCCUUCAUGAGCCAGGGUGCUCUCUGGGACCGUUUCUUACACCGCAGGAGAGUCGUGGGCCAACCAGGCCUGCCCUGAGGACUGGGCCAGAGCCCUUGAGGGGCCGGCAGGGAAAGGCCGAAAGGACCAAGUGCUCAUUAAAGACCAAGGCAGGCUGGACUGAGCUAGACACCCAGGCUUCAGGUUCCUUCCUCUGAAACAUCUGCAGGUUUUUGGGAGGCGAAGGGCUCUCAGCUGCCAUGGCUGAUGUCUGGGGACUUUUUCUUCAGCUCCAGAUGGUCUACACAGGGUUCGUAUACACAGGCCCCCUAGACGCACGCAUGCGUGCGUGCACGCGCGCACACACAUACACACACACACCCCAGAGUAAAUUCACUGAUAUACACCAAUAUGAACACAGACACACAAUGACUUACCUAUACACACAUAUUAAUAGACACCCAUACUGCUCUGAACACACACCUUCAGACAUCCACACAGACUCACACUCACCCACAUACACACACACUGACACAGCACAUUCACAUACAAAGAUACACACUGAUAUGUACCACACAGAGACAUGCUGAAACACAUCCAUAUACACACCAUACACACUGAGAUACAGUGACUCCCACAGUCACAGAUGCACAGACAUAUGCUGAUGUAAAUGUACAAAUGUGGUCACAUUGACACAUACAUGCAAUCAUCUACGCAGACUCAUAGAAACCGACACAAAUACCUGAAAUACAGAGCCACAGACAGACACACACGGAAGCACUCUAUGCACAAAACACUCACACAGUACACACCAUGCUGCACAUACCCUGACCCAAACAGUCUAACAAGCCAUGAGGGUCUCCAGGGCUGCCCUGGGGCUAUUGCCCACCCCUCCCACCGUCCCCGCUAGGGUGAGAUGGUGUUCCCCAGGGAACAGAAGUCUCCAGUCCCAUCUUAAGCUCUGCUGGAUCCCGCGUGACAUCAGCUAUCCCCCUCGCGGCUGCCGGGAGCUGUGAGCUCUGUGCUGGGGCCAGGCCGGCACCAGGCACAGACACUUAGGCCCUUGUUGGGAGAACAGAGAGAGGCUCUCUUGUCCACUGCCUGUCUUCAGUUCCAACUGCUGGUUCUCCUAGAGGCCUCUCCUCAGACUCGCAGAGCUGCCUGAUCAUUGCUACAGAAUGAACUCUAGCCCAGCUGGGACCCCAAGUCCACAGCCCUCCGGGGCCAAUGGGAACAUCAACCUGGGGCCUUCAGCCAACCCAAAUGCCCGGCCCACGGACUUCGACUUCCUCAAAGUCAUCGGCAAAGGGAACUACGGGAAGGUCCUACUGGCCAAGCGCAAGUCUGAUGGGGCGUUCUAUGCAGUGAAGGUACUACAGAAAAAGUCCAUCUUAAAGAAGAAAGAGCAGAGCCACAUCAUGGCAGAGCGCAGUGUGCUUCUGAAGAAUGUGCGGCACCCCUUCCUCGUGGGCCUGCGCUACUCCUUCCAGACACCUGAGAAGCUCUACUUCGUGCUCGACUAUGUCAACGGGGGAGAGCUCUUCUUCCACCUGCAGCGGGAGCGCCGGUUCCUGGAGCCCCGGGCCAGGUUCUACGCUGCUGAGGUGGCCAGCGCCAUUGGCUACCUGCACUCCCUCAACAUCAUUUACAGGGACCUGAAACCAGAGAACAUUCUCUUGGACUGCCAGGGACACGUGGUGCUGACGGAUUUUGGCCUCUGCAAGGAAGGUGUAGAGCCUGAAGACACCACAUCCACAUUCUGUGGUACCCCUGAGUACUUGGCACCUGAAGUGCUUCGGAAAGAGCCUUAUGAUCGAGCAGUGGACUGGUGGUGCUUGGGGGCAGUUCUCUACGAGAUGCUCCACGGCCUGCCGCCCUUCUACAGCCAAGACGUAUCCCAGAUGUAUGAGAACAUUCUGCACCAGCCGCUACAGAUCCCCGGGGGCCGGACGGUGGCCGCCUGUGACCUCCUGCAAAGCCUUCUCCACAAGGACCAGAGGCAGCGGCUGGGCUCCAAAGCAGACUUUCUUGAGAUUAAGAACCAUGUAUUCUUCAGCCCCAUAAACUGGGAUGACCUGUACCACAAGAGGCUAACUCCACCCUUCAACCCAAAUGUGGCAGGACCUGCUGACUUGAAGCAUUUUGACCCAGAGUUCACCCAGGAAGCUGUGUCCAAGUCCAUUGGCUGUACCCCUGACACUGUGGCCAGCAGCUCUGGGGCCUCAAGUGCAUUCCUGGGAUUUUCUUAUGCGCCAGAGGAUGAUGACAUCUUGGAUUGCUAGAAGAGAAGGACCUGUGAAACUACUGAGGCCAGCUGGUAUUAGUAACGAAUUACCUUCAGCUGCUAGGAAGAGCGACUCAAACUAACAAUGGCUUAAACGAGAAACAGGUUUAUUUUUUCCACCACAUAAAAGAAAAAUAAUGUUUCGGAGUCCAGGACUGGCAGGACAGGUCAUCAGAUACUCAGAGGCUGUAUUUCUGCCCUGCCAACCUUGACAAAUGGCUUCCAAUGUUAGGUUUGCUACAAGAUGGUUACUGGAGCUCUAGCUGCCAAUUUUGUGUUUAGGGAAGGGAAAAUGGAGGAAAGGGGAGAAGAGCAAAGGGCGCUUUUAAAGAGCUUUCCCAAAAGCUCCACCCAAUGACUUCUGCUUCCAUCUCACUAACCACCCACCCCUACCUGGAAUGGAGGCUGGGAGAUGUGGCUUAUUUGCUGGGUACGUGACUAUCCCUAAUAACAAAGGGGUUCUGACACUAAGACAGAAGGGGAGAAUGUUGGGUAGGCAGCCAGCACUCUUUUACCAGAGGGCCUCCUAGUGUUUGGAUUUUGAUCUCAAUGUGUAAAAUGACAGAGAUGUAACAAGCUCAUAGGGUAUCAAUAUCUCUUAUUGUUCUAUGUUGAUGAUAUUUGUCUUUGUUGUGGGUAAUACUGGACAUUUGUUAUUGGGUCUGGGUGCCUGGUAUCUGAACCCCUUCUUGUCUCCAGGGAAUCCCCUAUUUUAUGAGACUUCAUGGGGGGGCAAUAACUACCUCCACUUGAGAGUAGCUGAAAAUGCUAGACACUGACUUUCCCAGCCUCCCCUUAGCUAGGGCCAGGCAUGGGGACCAGGGAUAAACCUGUGCCACAUUUUGACUCAGGGAAGGGAUCGGGAGCGCUCUUUUGUGUGGUAACUGUGAUAACAGUACCUACAAAAUUGAGUUCCUGGUGUAGAAGUGGCAAGGAUGCAAACUGUAGCAGUUGGUGCUCAGUGGCAGCAACGCCAUCAGACCAGCCCUGCAAUGUCAUUCCUGGAAGCCUCAAGUCUUUUUUUUUUUUUUUU